AGAUAUCGACGCUGUUCGUUGUGUAGACAGGCAGCUGCCUACAGUGACCUGGAUAUCGACCUCUUUUAUUACCAUGGAUUUGAGGACGUUAGUGCAUCAUUUUUGCGCUCAUUUUCAGCGGGUAAGCCUUCGUCUUGAAGGCAGUUGUAGGGCCAGCGUCACGUCCCUCUGGUCUGAUGUAUUGUGACGCGAGGAAGGGCUUGCCUGGAAGCCUAAUGGACAGUAUCAAUAAGUUAGCAAUCAAACCCUGGACUAAAUAAUGUUAGCCUCUUUCUGCAACUAAGGGACUGUCAUUAUCUCCGCUCGCUCCGUCUGUUAAUUUGUUGACUGGAACUGGAUAUCACUGUGGAGUGUGUCGUAACAGCACCAUUACUGGGGGACAGUAUUUACUUAUCUGAAGCGAGGAAGUGGACCUGCAUCAGGGAAGCUGAACUUGUUAAAGACAAGACCGGAGGUUGGGUGAUUCUACCUUCAUAGUAAAGGCGCCAAAUAUAUUCGUUUAAUGAAGUUUGGGAUCGGACAGAGUCGUAACGCUUGGAUAUAAACCACGGUCGACUUGUUAUUAACGACAGAUUUAUCGGUCUUUAUUUAAUCAUUACCGUGGUUCACUGCAGCGUUUGUAAGUCUCGAUUCAAUUUGGUUUUAUUUUGGUAGCUACGAACGGAAAUCGCUCUUGGUGCUGCUGUGGUUGACACUGGUUGGAGGAGGGAUGUGGCCAGGAUGUAUUUAUGCUGCUGUUCAAGAAAUGAAAACCAUUGAAUUAGCUCUGCUUCGGGAGCCCUGCUUCUGCACCGGACACCGCGUGGGUAACGACAGUGUUGCUGUCUGUCACUGUGGUUGGUGGUCGAAAACAGCGAACACGACCGAAGCUGCUGGACUGGACUAUUUGCAUGAAGGCUUCUCAACCUCACGCCCAAACAUUUUGUGUGCGGGGCAGUAUUCUGUGCUUACGUAAUAGAAGUAUGUGAAUCGAUACAGUCACGUAGUUGACUUUUUAUACUAUAUUUCCCUUUGACAAAGACGUAUUUUUCGCCGUUUUAAUUUUUUUUUUUUUUUUUUUUUUUACAAAUGUCAACAACUCAGCGUCAAGUGAUGAUGGAGUCCUCACUAGCUCUCGGCAGACUGGAACGGACCCCCAGUUCAGCCGCUGUUGGGGUCAGCCUGACCCCGCGGCUCUCUGACGGGGCUCCCGCGAAAGAGAAGAGUGGACAGCGGCCACUGGCGCCACAAGGCCAGGCUCACCUAAACGGCUGCGUCCCACUCUCACAUCAAGUGGCGGGCCACAAGUAUGGUGUGGAUAAAGUGGGUAUUUUGCAGCAUCCAGAUGGAACAGUGCUGAAGCAGCUUCAGCCUCCACCCAGAGGUCCACGAGAGAUGCAGUUUUACAGCAUGGUGUAUACAGCAGACUGCUGUGAUCCAUGCCUUCUGGAGCUCCAGAACCAUCUGCCAAAGUACUACGGCACCUGGUCCUCUCCUGACAGUCACAAUGAUCUGUACCUGAAGCUGGAGGAUGUGACUCGACGCUUUGUCAAGCCGUGCAUCAUGGAUGUGAAGCUCGGCCAGCGGAGCUACGAUCCAUUCGCCUCCCUGGAGAAACGGGAACAGCAGAUCAGAAAAUAUCCACUGAUGGAGGAGAUAGGCUUCCUGGUCCUUGGCAUGAGGGUGUAUAAGGUGUGCAGUGACACGUUUGACUCCUACGACCAGCACUACGGGAGGGGACUGGCCAAGGACACCGUUAAAGAUGGCCUGGCUAAAUUCUUCCAUAAUGGUGUUAGUCUGAGGAAGGAUGCUGUGUCAGCCAGCAUCCGCAGAGUGCAGCGUAUCCUCCACUGGUUUGAGUCCCAGCGCCAGCUGGCCUUCUACGCCAGCUCCCUUCUCUUCGUCUACGAGGGCCUCCCCUCCUCUUCCUCCCCAUCCUCCCUUUCUUCCCUUCUUAGUACCCCUUCAAUCAGCCCAAUGGCAGGGAAGACUGCCACAUUAUUAUCUGCAAGUGAUAGUGGUUGGGGUGGGGAGGGAAAACCAAGACAGGAAGUGGUGGGGCAGGAAGUGGCUGAGUACAACAACAACAACAUUCAGGUGUGUGCACCCUGGGACUACAGCCUGGCCACCAUUUACACCAACCAAACGAAAGGCGGCCAACACCACAGUGCCAAGGGUCAUCUCCAUGCCAACAGUGGAGACAGUGAUGCUGUGGGGAUGACAGUGAGUUCAGUUUCUAGAGAUAACAUCUCAGCGAUGUGUGAAGAAGACAACUCCGCAUGGAAACGGACAGGCGAGGCGCGACAACCACCGAAUGCAAACGGAAACAAAUCACAACUGGAAGGGAAGGGUGAGGAUGCAGAGAGGGAGGACAGCUGCAGGAGAAAGAGAGAGGAGGAGGAGUUGAAAGGAUGGGGGGGCGACGCAACAGAGGGGAGUGGAGGAGAGGCGGAGGUGGAGGUCAGGAUGAUCGACUUUGCCCACGUUUUCCCGAGCGAGAGCCACGAUCACGGCUACAUCUACGGCCUCAAACACCUGCUGAAGGUGCUGGAGCAGAUCUUCUGUGAUGCUGCCUAGAGCCCUCACUCCUCCCUGCCUUCUCUUUACCUCCAGGCCUGCUCAAUGAACCACUGUCUCCAUGUCAACCCUCAAAAGACAGCAACCUUCAGAGGACAGAGGGACGAAUCAAAGAAGUGAAUAUGAAAACAGAAAUAUCGUCAUCUCAUCUGUCUGUGGUCGUCCAUCCGUCGAGUGUGUGUGUGUGUGAGUGUGUGAGAGAGCUAAGUGGAGGUAGUAAAGGCCGACUGCUGUGCUUUCCCUGUGAUCAGCAGCACAGCAUGCACUAAUCAAUCCAUGAAGGCAUUACGACCCUGUACUUAAACACAACAUUGUCAGCUGCAUGGUUUACUGAUGCUCAGAUACACUCCAUUCAAUUUGAAAUCUUUUAUACCAUGGGCACUGAAAUUAGCUGGCAGACAUUUGUCAAAAUUGUAUCAGAACACCUCAAAUUAGGGGUGGGCAGGGCCAUAUCUAAAUACAUACCGAGAGAUGAUAUGAAUUAGUCAGCCAUACCUCUUAUACUGUAAAAGCUGUCCCUUUAAUAUCUCUGGUUGAAUUCGACCAGUGUGGGAAAUGCUGCAAAUCAGUGAGCAGCACUGAGUUUUGCAUCAAUGUGAUGAAACACCAGAUUCUUCAGUUAAUCAAUUCACUUAUUUUAUUAUCCAAAUUAUUAUUAUUAUGCAAAAAGCAAAUGUUCCCAUUUAUUCUCUAUUCUAACAGUUUCUCAAUUUCAAGGAAAUGUACUAUUUAAAGAUAGAAAUCUAUAUUGCAGUAUAGUUAUUUUUACUGUGAUAGAAGAUUUUAUCCAUAUCAUCCACCUCAUCUUAAGGUCCACUCACUGCUGAAAGUUCAAAGUGAAGAAAGUUUAGUUCGUGUUUUAAUUAAGAUGUGUAGCAUUUGACUAUGCAGUGUACCAGGAAACUACCUAAACUUAGAAAUAGCAAUUAUAUUUUGCUGCAGCACUCAAAACAUUUUUCUUUUAGCCACAUUUUGGGAAAUUAGCUAACAAAUUCCCAAAAUGGUUACCUGGAUUUGGUUCCUUUAGGUUUACAGUAUACUGUCAAAUUACAAACAAACCAGAGCUGGGAAACAGAAGUCCAUUCAUCUCCACCGAAACCACCAAGUGAAAAACUAAAUGUGGGUUCAGAAUGGCCUCUUGAGGGUCAAACUGACAGAUAUGUCAAUGAUAAGAGUGUUAGCAUCGGGGAAAAUAAGAAGUCUGGAGAAUGUUGAGGUUUAAGCCGGGUCAUCAUUUUGUGUUUUUGUUCUAACCACUGUCUCCAGGUAUCUAACUCAGGUAAAUUUACUGUAAAAAAAAAAAGAAAGAAAAGAGAAAAAGCUUAAUAUUACUACUUUGAUCCUGUCAGCAAGAUGAACCUCAUGCUGUCUGGCUGGUAAGUUGUUUUAUAUAGUCUUACUCAAUGUUUAUCAUGUAUCGUGAUUGAACUUAUCUCAUCAAUGUUGACCUUCGCGUCAUGUUUUUGACCGCUUAACCUUACAAUGAUCUUACACGUUGUAUUCUGUUUUACCAUGGCUGUUUGAAUUGUUGUACAUGUUGGGCUGCCACAUCAGCUCUCCUUUCUCUUAUUAUUAUUCCGGUUAUUUGGUGUCCCCCUCCAUCUGCUCUAGUUUUAGGAAUGGGAUUGUGUUCAUACCUUGUACUGCCAAGUUUUUAUAAAACUACUUAAAUCAAAAGGUAACAUUGCUUACGAGUGGGUUGGACAUCAGUGCUAUUACUCUGGCAUUAAACAUUAGUUAUUCCUUGAUUUUAAGUUAUAUGCAAGAAUAGGAAAAUCUACCAUUUCUCUCACAUAUUCUGGUGAGAUGAUUGUUUGAAAAGGUUUUUUUGUUUGAGAGAAGCAACACAAUGUGCUGUGAUUGGUUAACAUGAUAUUACCUAAUAUAUGACUUCCAUGAGGAUUUUAAGAUUGUAGUAAAAUGAUUUUUGAAACUUGCUGCUUUAAUGGGAGUCGACUGACAGACUCAUGGUAAAGAGAGAAAGACAGCGAUUGAAUGGAGGGGGAGGGGGGUAGUUGUUGUUAGUAAAACAGAAGUAAGCAGGUCCUUUUUACACUACAGCUAAACUGGUUCAUGUUGCUUGAUUAACUCUGAUUUAGUAGGGUUGACUAAUGUGGGUUUUAGGCAGAUAUUCUGUAUACAUUGAAUGAUGCUAAUUUUUUUUCAUGCCAGGUAUGUAAAAGGUUUAGUGAAACUGGAUGAAGACCAAAGACCAGUGACGUUCAUUUAGUUGUCAUGAUUUAUGGAAGCCCCAAGCAGCCUUGGUUGCUGCCAUUUUUCCGUCUUGUCUUCAGAUCACAAAGUGUUUUCUUACAAUCAUUCCUUCAUUAUCAUAAGGUGUAGUUACUUGGUUUUUCUGGAGCUGUCUGCCACAUAUCAUGGCCUUUAUUAAUAGGUUGUGUUUAAUCCAUAGUUGAAGGUCACAAGAUGUGGCUGACAGCUCUGGACAGUGGACCUUGUUUUUGUCAAACUGCUUUUUCCAUUUUCUAGGUUGAAACUUCAAGCUCAAGUUCUGUUAAGUUGUGCUUGGAUUGUCUGAUUUGUAGUAAUUUGUUUCAUUUCAGGUCAAUUCAACACCUAUUUAAUUUCUCUUAUUUCAGACAGGGGGAUUUAAAUAGUCCAAAUGUGUAAUAUGCACCACUGAAGCACAAUCUAAACUGAAAGUUAUCGACUUAAGCUUUCACAGCAGGUUUUACAGACAGCACUAAAUAUGUGAAGUUAAUUUAGAUCCUCCAGUCUGAUCUGCAGUCAGUCCUAUAUAUUAGUCUAACCCUAUGUUCUCCUAAUGUUCCAUCUCACUGCUCUGUUUUUACACACUAGGGCAAAUAAGUAUAUAUAAUUUUAAUUCUUUGAUGACUCAGUGGGUCAGCUAUGUGUUUAAAUUGUUUUCACUUAAUCAUCCUUAAAUGCUCAGCAGUUAUUUUGUGCCACUGUCUGGUGUUAAGGUUUCUGGACUGGUUGUCUGGCUGCAGCUGCUUUAAAAUGUGAGGGUAAAUCUCAUUUCUCCAGUACACCACAAACCUACUUGUAUUUUAACCAAUAAUAUGCAGAGGCCUCUUCAGUUUAUGUAGCUUGUGAUGUAAUUAUAUGAAUAUUAUGAAAAUUCUGAUCUUUUGUAAAUUAACUUGAUUAUGAUUUUAAUCUGAACCAAAAGAGACAGCGAACUAUUAGUAUACAAUAUUUUCUCUAACGUUUCUUUUUAAUAAACUUGAUCAUUUGUUCAAAAUAAUUAUUAUGAAAGUUCAGGAGUCCUUUAAAUGAUGUUUACAGGAGUUAGAGAAUGGUUUUCCUAUCACUAUUUUCUGUUGCUGUCUCCAUGUCAUCUCUGUGUUUUGAAUAUUGAUUAUUGAUCAUUCCGGCAGCUUUGUGAAUCUCCUCUCUGUAUUUCUAGCCUGUUGUGUAAUUGGUAACUAACAUAAACCAUAUCUUGCAUUUGUAUUCUGGGCAUUGUUGAUGACAUUGUUUUAAUGAUUGACUGACUCAUUGUGAUGCAACUUUAACUCUCUUCAAUCAGUGAGAAAAAACUGUUAUUAAAAUUUUUAUUUCAGUGUGGGUGGGCAGCACAUCCACUAUGUCCCUUACAUUACACUGAAUGUAUGAACCAGCAUUUUGUCCAUUCAAAUGUUUCCUUCUUAAGGACUGUGUUUAUUCCCUUUGUUACGCAUCAUUUUUCUCUAGACACUAUGUUUGGCUUUUCCAGACUCCUCUCAGGCAGACAUUAGCUUCCAAUCCACAUUAUGUCUGCAAUUAACUGCUUAACAGUCCGUUUUAAAUGCAGACUGAUUUGGAGAAGUCUGAAGCACUGAAUUACCACACAACAGUAACAAUACAAAGUAAAGUAAGUUUUGUUCAUAAUGGAGCCUGGAGUGUGCCAUUGGAAUAAUUGUAGGCUUCUACAGUGUAAUACAUAUAAUUAUAUCAGUUGGCAAGAUAAUCAAUUAAAAUUACAUUUGCAUUUAAAUCUAUAAUAUAAAAGUGAAAGUAAAUGGUCUGUACUUGUUUAGCCCCUUUCUUUACAUGUCACUUUCACCCAUUCAAACACAUUCAUACACGUAAGCCAGACGUUGCCGUGCAUGGUGCCAACUGCUAAUCAGAAAGGAACUAAUCAUUCACAUUUACAGUUUUCAUUUCAUUUUUUGACACUUAAAAAUGAAACAAAACCCCAAAAUACAGUGAUGAAAUGAAAAUUGUAAAUGGAAACAAAUGUAUUGCAGAGUGGAAUAUGGUAGGCAGACACAAAAGUAAAUGAAAAAAAUCAAAUUUAAAGAUAAAACAAGUGUUUUGUUAAAAUUCAGUCAUGCAUCAUAUGAAUCCAGAAUAAGGAAAUAAAAUUAUUAAUUCUAGGUCUGCACAAUUAAUCAAAAUAUUAUCGAAAUGCAAUAUUAAAAUUGCAGAAGCCACUGUUUUGGGCUAAAUGUAUAAAGAAGUAGCAUUAUGAUGAAGUGCUGUAGGGCUGCAGAGAUUUUUAUCAUAUAAUGCAGCCCAAACUGGCAAUUAUAAUUAUUAUUAUUUUUUAAAUCAGUUUUUUAAUGCAUCAUUUAAAUGCAAAUCAAUUUAAAAUACCCCUUUGUAAAGUAUAUAUUUUUUUAUUGAUGGAUUAAACACUGUAAAGGUCUAUAAGUAUUCAAAGGCUCAUUGUGGCGAAUGUGUUUCAAGUCUACAGUUGAUUUUCAUACCACAGUGAAGUGGAUAGACACCAUUUGCUGCCUAAAAGGUGGAAGAUGAAGACAAACGAGUUCUAAAAAUAUAUGCAAUUGGUAGUAAAUGGCUUCAUGCAUGCAUAAAUACAAAUUUAUUUAAGGUUAUUUGGACCUAUGUUGACCUCUAGCUGCAGCCUGUUGGAAUUACAGCAACACAGUGUCAGAAUGGACCACACUGACUGGGUCAGAGUGAUUCAUGAAAAUGCAACCUGAUUGUGCAGUAUGAGGGCAGCUGUGGUCAGCCACACUGUGUUUUAGGUGCAUCACUUUUUUUCUGGCUUUAAACUGCUGAUAAUUACGAUGCAAAAUGUCAGAUUGACAAAGCCAGUGAUGAGGUGAAACGGUCAAAGUGAAUCUGUGUUAGAUCUGGCUGUAUGUUGCUCUCUUUAUAUGUUCUGUUCAUUUGUUUACAUUUCAGAUGCUCACCUCAUUACCAGGACAGGUUAGAGGCCAGAACAUGAUUUCUAUCAUUUAACUCCAGCACCAACUGGAGUUCUUUAUUUGUCUAUAAUGCACUGCAGACAAAUGAAAUAGCCAAUUUAUGACAUGUCCUCUGAACUGUACACUGCACUCAACAAAUAGUCUUCUUUUUGCAGCUUUCCUAUGAUUAGAUCAUUUUGGCAGUAUCAGUUCAACUCAAAUCAUGUAAUCAGUCCUAUAAAUGAUCAGUUCAUUAAAUGUCCAGCUGAUUCACUUAAUUCAUCACAUGAAGUGUUGGUUGUUCAGAAACAUUGUUAGCUUACUUGUAUAUUUUACUUAUUUCUUUUAACAUUCUCCAGAAAGUCUUUUUAUCGUUUGAAAAAGUUUCAUGAUGGAGGGUGUCGUGCAUUUCCAUACAUGUGUCAUGACAUUUACAUUUAUUCAUUUAGCUGAUGCUUUUAUCCAAAGCGACUUACAAUUGCUAUACAUGUCAGAGGUCGCAUGCCUCUGGAGCAACGAGGGGUUAAGUGUCUUACUCAGGGACACACUGGUGGAUGGGUCACAGUGGGGGAUUAAACCCGGGUUUCUCAUAUUAAAGGCAUAGUCCCAUCCAUCACGAGAAAUCAAACUUUGUUUCACUAAUGACAAAAUGAAUACAAUUAAGUUUUGACAAUAUAAAUAGGUUACUCUUAAGUUUACAGAAUUUGGACAAAUUCAAAGAGAAAUCCAAAGAAAAAGCUAAAUGUUUAAGAAAACAUUGAUGUUUGAUGUGAUCACUUUCUCACUAUUGACACUCCACUAAGAAUAGACACAAGAGCAACUGCUGUAAAUGCUGCAGCAAAUUUCAAAGUAACUGCUAGUGAAUUUUUUAGCACAUUGAAGCAAGCGGCUCCCUGGGUGACAAAUCUCUAACUUGGUUGGAUGCUUUGAUAAUUGGACAGCAGUAAUCAGAGUAAAUUGUUAAACUAGCAGUGUGCUUCCUUAAUGUGGUCCAGAAAGAAAAAAGUGAAGAGGUGUAUUGUCGUCUCGGCCCAUCAGAAACCUUUGCUUUCAGUUUGCGUGUUUGAAGAACCAUCUCAACAGUUAAAAGAAGCUCAAACAGUGAAUAUCUUUCACUACAUUUAUCAAACUUUUACUGCUACUUUAGCUGCAUUCACCAGUUCAAAGCUGACAUGAAAUGCAUCCAGUAUCUAUACUGUCUUUCCCUUUUGACACAAAUUAAGCAUUAUUGAAAGAAAAAGACUUCAUUCACACAUUUUACUAAAUAGCAUUCCCUAACUACAUGAAAAAAUGUCUGGUUCUGAUUGGCUGUGAUAAUCCAACUCACUUUUCUUCUGGGUGACAACUUUUGAGUCUUCGUGUGAUGCCUAAUGGAAACUUCAGGUGAGAAUGUGCAGAGCGCUAAACAGUGUGCAUGCUUGUGGCAUGAUAUUGUUGGGGUGCCAUCUUACAAACAAAUAACAAAACAAAACCUGUUGAAGGUUUGAAUGUGUGCCAGGUCCAGUUCAGCUUCACUUCUACCAGUGUUGGAUCUCUGUGAGUCGUCUGCUAACAGAAAGAUGUCCGAGUGAAGUCAACACAUGGUGAGGAACUGAACCUGGUCUGCGCUUAUGAGCCCUGUAAUGGAGCUCCUCAUUGUGGUUUAUGAAGAGGGUUUGAAUUUUGAUCUAUUGGAUUUAACAUGUGUUAUUAAUGAGCCUGAAGCAGAACAGAAAAUACCCUCGGUGUACAUAGAGAGAGGAACUCAAACAAUAAAGUCCCUCUAAACUA